CCCCGGGCACUGUUAAGUCCAGGUCCAGGAAGAACACCGACUCUCAUGAACUUCUCCAUGUUUACCGCUCUCGCCGUUUUCCUGGCUCUGGCCCACGGAGCCGAGCGCGGUUCCCCGGUGAAGCGCGACCUGCGGGGCGGCGCUAGCGAGCUCGACCGGCUCGUCGACGACACGUCGGCCAGCCUCGCGAGCGCCACCCAGGAUGCGGUGCAGAAGGUCAAAGGUCACAUCGCCACCACAGCCCGAGCUUACGUGGAGGACAGCCGGGCCAAGAUCCCGCCCCUGGUGGAGAAGGUCCCUGGCGAGGCGGUCGAGUGUCAAGAGCGCGUCAAGCCUUUCGUCGCCAACGCGGAGGAGCGGAUGAAGCCCCUCGCGGACAACUUCCAGGCUCAGGUCGAGCCCCUCGCCCAGCUCAUGGAGAACUUCUUCAAGCGGCUGAUGGACCAGACAGAGGCCCUGCUGACCCCUCAGCAGAACGACCGGCUCCUCGGAUGCUCUUCAACGUCAUCAUCAUAA